AUGACUGAUCGAAAAGCUUGGAAUUAAAAAGAGGAUGCAGCUAUAUUACAACUAGUAAAACAGUACGGAAUCAAGAAGUGGACGAUAGUGGCCGAGAAGAUGAAAGAAAUCUAUGGUUUAUUUGGCCGUUCCGGAAAAUAAUGUAGAGAACGCUACCACAAUCACCUUGACCCUACUAUCAACAAAGACCCAUGGAGUGAAAAUGAAGAGAGGGUCAUCUUCAUAGCCCACAAGGAGCACGGUAACAAAUGGGCUGAAAUUGCGAAACUGUUACCAGGAAGAACUGAUAAUGCAAUUAAAAAUCAUUUUUAUUCAACCUUGAGAAGAAGCCUAAGAAGAAUCAAUAAAUUAAUCGGAGAUAAGAACAUAAAGAAAAGGGUACUCAACAGAUAAAAGAUAUAAAACCUGGAUCCAUCGGAAUUGAAGGACGACCAUAUGAAAAAGCUUUGUUAAGCUUGCAAAGGACUACAAGACUCUAUCUUAGAAUUUGCUUAAUCUAAACAAAAAUCUUAAAUCAACUAAUUUAACGAGGAUAAGUUCAAAUAAUUGAUUGAUAAAAUUAUGGACUUCAAUGCUCUUUACACCAAACAAAGAGAAAGUAGAUUGAAAUUAAAAAAGAAGAAUCACAAAAAGAGAAAGAGUAGAAUCGAUGAUGAUGAUGACGACGAUGACUAUACAAGUGAUUAUAAAUACGAAGAGAUAAGUCAUAAGUUCCCUUUAAAGAGAUCUUCAAGACUAAAUGCUAAGAAGAAAGUGCAUAUCGACAAGGAAGAUUAUAUUGAUAUUUGCAUAAGAACCAAAAAAGGACCACUGUAUACUAUAUUAAGAGAUGAAUUAGAAGUCUAACAAGUUGAUUAAGAAGAACAAUCUUCCGAUUAUCAAUAGUAAUAUGCUUAUGAAUACCAGGGUACCAAUAGCCCAAAUAAUCAUUAAUUUGCUCCAGCUUUUCAUGUUUAGACUCCUAGACAAAUUUUAUUUUAAAGACCUACAAACCAAUAUUAGGAUGACGGCAUUCAUGGCGAAGAAGCUGCAAUAAGUAAAUCUAAUUUUGUCCCUAUUGUGAUAACUAAACAGUAUACUUAGUACAAGGACAAGACCCUUGAAAACUUAGCCUAAUAACUAUAAUAAAAAAUAAAUGCAAAUGCUGAAAAAUACAUUCAUAAUCAUCAAUAGGAUUCGGAUUUAGAAAUCAAUAUUGGAGAUGCUUUCGAAAUUCCUAAGGACUAUAAAUCACCAUCAAGCAAAUUCGGUAUCGGUGGUUACAGUCCAAGUGCAUUUAGAAAGUAUAGAAAAAAUUAAGAGUCAGGGUUAGUUAACUUCAUGAUAACACCUCGUCAUUAUAAAUGA